GAGGAGGAUGAAGAAGACGAGGAGACUGGAGGCAGGAGUGGCUACAGGAAGAGAAGAAAGAAAUGACAGUGGACUGAGAGAACUGGAAAUAAUUUAAAGAGGAAAUGAAGCGAUGAGAGAAGGUGACGUAUCUGAUGGAAGCUGCUGGAGGAAGUAAUCAGCACAUCAUAAAACACACCUCAGCCCAUCUGUGUCUCCUCCAUAACUCAGUCACAAAAUGACAUCAUCUGGACUGAUUUCAAACCUCACACAGGAGUGGGUGGACAGUAUGCAGAGGUGGCACCUCGAAUUAUUUUUCAUCCCUACGACAGUCAUUACUCUGGUCACGUUGAUAGCCAGCCCUGUUCUCCUGACAUGCAUCUUUCUGUCCCGUGCCUUGCGUCAGGAGACGCGUUACCUGCUGGUGGCCAACACCCUCGCAGCAGACAUUCUCUUCCUCAUCUUCAACCUGGCCACAGUGAUCUGUAACGCUGUGAGAGCUCAGAUACCCUGGCUCGUCUGUGAGCUGGUCACAGCUGUCACUGUCACCACCUACUCCUGUGCCAUCCUCACCGUCACUCUUAUGGUGGUCGACACCUACGCCGCCGUCCGCUGGCCUCUCCAUUACCAUGACAUUCUUCCACCUGCCCGCACCCACUGCAUACUGGCAGGGGUGUGGGUGCUGGCAGCCACGUACCCUUUCACCCUGGUGAUCAUGAUGGAGGUGGAGAGGGGAAACACCCACGAAAAGGUGCCUGUCUGUCUGGUCCUCAUCUCCCUAGGCUUCAUUCAAGUCCAGAACACGGUGGGGAUCCACAUCUACUUCUUUGUCGCCGCACUCAUCUGCGCUAUGCUCAUUUUUUACUGCUAUAUUCGGCUCUACAUGGUAACAAGGACCCAGGGCAUCUGGCAGAGUCGCUUCUCUAGGGCCCGGGUCACCUUGUUGGCCCAUGGGGUUCUGCUCCUGCUCUACUUUGCCCCUGGCUUUGUUUUCACCAUGGAGCUUUACCUGUUCCAGAGGAAAAACAUAAGUCAAGAUGUUCGUGUGUGGAUCAGCACAGUAAAUAUGUGUAUUUUUAUGUUGCUGCCCAGGGCGUUUGCUCCUUACCUCUAUGGGCUGAGGUACAGGGAGAUCUCUGAUACUCUAAUGCAGCUACUGCAUUGGCACAGGAGACUCAGCCAGACCACAGGAUCAUAAAUGUCUCUUCAGAACUGUCUGUUUUUCAUACUUACGUCUUGUCUGCAUGUCUUGUGAUAUAUGUAAAAAAAGAUAUAACUGCAUGGGCAAUACCAAGGAUUUUAGAAAUAAUGAGGUCAUGAGUCCAAAUUCCCUAAGCACUAGCCACAAAUUUUUUUUCCCACAUUCUCUAUAUUCAUUUAGAAUACAUUGUUUGUGAAUUUGUUCGUCUAAAUGCUCUCUCUUUGAUGCCAAGAAUCAAAUUCUUUUUCUUUUGUUAAAUAAUAUGCACAAUGGCCACAGUUAAACGUAAAUUCCUUGCAUCAUGAAUUGAGACCUCUUUUUUAUUAUUGCUGUGUUGGUCCAAAUGAAAAUUAGCCAAAGUCCCUCUCUUUCUACAUUUAUGUCUAAUUAUUGAGGGGUCAUUAAAACUGGAAUAUUGUUUUUCA